AUGCCACCCAAGAGGAAGUUACCCUCUACAAUUAAGGAAUCUGCAGCCACAGCCGCAGACUUUACAACUUCACUUCAAACGCCCAGCGAACGGCAGAAAACGAUGUCUAUGGGAAAGCUAGCAAUUCCCCUAGGAAAGCAGAAUACUUCGAAACUCAGGAUUACUUCCGAAUGGUCUCCAACGUCCGCUUCCAGUUUUCCUCCCUCAUCUAUCACGACUUUCAUAUCUGGCCUAUCCUCCUACGGUUUUUCCAACGAAAACUGCUUAAUGUGGUUUCGUUCCGACCUCAGAUUACAGGACAAUCCUGCUUUAUCAACCGCAAGCAGAAUUGCCCACGCAAAUAGUAAAUUCCUGUUUGCACUAUACAUCAUAUCUCCGCAAGAUUGGCAAUUACACGAUACGGCAGCUAUUAAAGUCAAUUUUAUUAUGAGAAAUCUAAAGAUAUUAAAAGAGAAGCUGGCUGCACUAAACAUACCGUUGGUUGUAGAGACAGUAGAGGAGAGGAAAAACAUUGCGAGAACGUUGACAGACAUUUGUCGGAUAAUUAAUGUUAAUCACGUGUUUGCUAACAUUGAGUACGAGGUUGAUGAACAACAGCGUGACAAAGAAUGCCAGAGUGAAUGUGAGACACAUAAUAUCAAGCUUGAAUUCUUUCAUGAUCAAUGCGUGACCAUUCCAGGCUCAAUUGUAUCCAAG